AGUUAAGAGCAAUGUCAUAUUCCCAAGCAAUUACUUCACUUUCCAUGGCUCUUCUUGUAUUGGCCUCCUCUUCUUGUUCUACCGCUUCUAAUUCUCUGUCCAAUGAUGAAGCAGCGGCUCUGUUGAGAUGGAAAGCCAGCCUUCAAAACCAAAGCCAAUCUCUGCUGCCAUCAUGGGACGUUGGAAGCAACUAUUCUUAUUGUCAUUGGAAAGGAAUUGGUUGCGACAACACUGGCAGCAUCACCCGCAUUAUCCUUAACAACGUAGGCUUGACAGGUACACUUUUCAGUUUUAGCUUCUCCUCCUUCCCCCUUCUUAUCCGAUUUGAACUUCAUAACAACUCAUUCUACGGGUCUAUUCCUACACAGAUUGGUAAUCUUUCUAGACUCUAUUAUAUUGACUUUUCCAAAAAUAAUUUUAUUGGAAAAGUUCCAUCAGAAUUAGGGAGCUUACGAAACCUACAAUGUCUCUAUCUUUAUGACAACAAGCUUUCAGGAACAAUUCCUCAAGAACUUGGGAUGUCGGUUUGGGAUCUUAAUCUCACAAAAAACAAUCUCACUGGCCCAAUUCCAAUUUCAAUUUGGAAUUUAACCAACUUAGUCCGUUUAAAACUUUCUGAUAACCAUCUUUCAAGUUCAAUCCCAACUUCGAUUGGGAAUUUAACCAACUUAGUCUGUUUAAAACUUUCUGAUAACCAUCUUUCAAGUUCAAUCCCAACUUCGAUUGGGAAUUUAACCAACUUAAUUGUUCUAUACCUUUCCCGUAACCAACUUUCAGGACCAAUCCCUCAUUCGUUAGGAAAUUUGAAUUCCCUUACUCAACUGGUCUUGUCUUCUAAUAAACUUAGUGGCCCAAUUCCUUCAGAAUUAGCCAAUCUUACACAUUUGCAGAUAUUCUCAAUAGGCAAUAACAAGCUCACUGGUCAUCUACCUCAAAAUCUAUGCCUACAUGGAUCACUCAUAAGACUUGAUGCAGCAAACAACAAUUUAACUGGCAACAUCCCCAAAAGCUUGCUAAACUGUAAUAGCUUGUUUCGAGUUAGGCUUGAGAACAACCAACUAGAGGGUAAUUUUCAGGAAGAUUUUGGUGUACUACCAAGCUUGAAUUACAUGGAUUUGAGUUAUAAUUGUUGGUUUGGCAAUCUUUCUGAAAAAUGGGGGCAGUCCAAGAAUUUGACUACGCUAAUGAUCUCCAAUAAUCAACUCACUGGAAACAUACCGCCUGAUCUUACUGCAGCAACUAAGUUACAGUUUCUUGACCUCUCUUCAAACCAUCUAGUAGGGGAGAUCCCAAAGAAUUUGAGGGAGUUAGGCUUAUUAUUCUACCUUAAUUUGAGUAAUAACAAGCUUUCAGGCAACAUCCCAGUAGAAAUAUUCGGUACCCAAUCUAGUUUACAAAACCUUGACCUAGCAGCAAACAACCUUACUGGUUCAAUUCCAAGGGAGAUAGCAAACUGUGAAAACUUACAAAACUUGAAUUUGGGUGAGAAUCGACUUGCAGGUGAUAUUCCUUUUGAGAUAGAAAAAUUACAAUUUCUUCAAAGCCUUGAUCUUGGAGAGAACAAUUUAAUGGGUGAAAUACCUUCUCAGCUUGGGAAAAUGCCAAGGUUGGAGAAAUUGAAUCUCUCCCACAACAUGCUUUCUGGUUCAAUCUCUUCCUCCUUUGGUGAGCUGCCAACAAGUUUGACAUCAAUUGAUAUAUCUUAUAAUAACUUGAAAGGUCCUUUGCCAAACACCAAGACUUUUGAAGCAUAUGAAGCAUAUAGAGGUAACAACGAUUUGUGUGGCAACCAAACGGGCUUGAUACCCUGCUCAUCACCUGAAGUGAGGAACAAUGCAGAUAAAUCCAGAACAAAAACCAAAAUUGUUCUUCUUGUGGUAGUUCCUCUGGCAGGGACUCUAUUUCUUGUAGUUGGGAUCUUUCUUUUGAGCAAAAGAGUAGUAUUGAAAGCAGAAAGUGAGAUCCAAGUUGUACAUAAUGAAAAUUUAUUUGAAAUAUGGAGCUAUGAUGGGAAAAUAGUGUACGAAAACAUCAUAGAAGCAACAGAGGACUUCAAUGAGAAAUACUGCAUUGGACGAGGAGGAUAUGGCACUAUUUAUAAAGCUAAGUUUUCAAGUGGUUUAGUUGUUGCUGUGAAGAAGACCCUUCCUUCCCAAGAUGGCAAUUUGGUUGAUUUAAAAAGCUUUAUGAGUGAGAUUCAUGCACUAACAAAGGCACGACAUCGUAACAUUAUAAAGUUUUAUGGUUUUUGUUCAGAUUUACGUCGUUCAUUUUUGGUUUAUGAGUUCUUAGAUGGAUGUAGCUUGGAGAAUAAGCUCAGGAAUGAGGAAGAAGCAUUGAGGUUUGACUGGAGCAAAAGAAUGAAUGCUAUCAAAGAUGUAGCGAGUGGUUUGUGUUAUAUGCAUCAUGAAUGUUCGCACUCAAUAAUCCAUAGAGACAUAUCAAGUAAGAAUAUUUUGUUUGAUUCAGAAUGUGUUGCUCACAUAUCUGAUUUUGGCACUGCUAGACUCUUAAAGCUCUACUCCUCUAAUUGGACUUCAUUUGCUGGGACCUUUGGAUAUUCGGCUCCAGAACUUGCUUAUACAAUGGAAGUGAAUGCAAAGUUGGAUGUUUAUAGUUUUGGGAUUUUAACAUUAGAGGUGUUAAUGGGAAAACACCCAUGUGAUCUUAUCUCAUCUCUUUCCUCCUUGUGUUCCUCGUCUUUGUCAUCAUUGCAUUCCACCUUCUAUGGCAUAUUAUUGAAAAAUAUAUUAGAUAAUCGCCUUCCACCACCAGAGGAUCAAGUAGUAGAGGAAAUUGUGGUUACCACAAAGUUAGCACUUGCUUGUGUUAACACCUAUCCACGUCUCCGACCAUCUAUGAGGCAAGUUUAUGUGGAGCUAUCCAAACAAAGGCCAUCUUCAAAGAGUUCAUUCCACACAAUUACUUUAGGUCAACUCCUUGAUAUCAACUGUAUUUAGCUAUCUAUGUUUCUUUUUUAAGAUUUUGAUAUAGUCUUUAGAU